AUGACGGAUCCAUUCCAGCUUCCAUACCAGUAUUAUCAGAGAGGGGAUCUGAUCAUUGGAGGAAUUGUUAAUAAUUAUGGCUAUUUAUCUGAAGAAAUAGAUUUCCAGCACCAUCCAAACAUGAAGUUUACAGAUGAACUUUUUUCAACACUGAAGUACUACCAAAAUACUCUCUCCCUGGCGUUUGCUGUGAAAGAAAUCAAUGAGAACCCCAACAUCGUACUGAAUAUGAGCUUUGGGUUCCACCUCUAUGAUAGCUUCGUGAAUACAAGGAUGACUUUUCAGAACACCCUGAAACUUCUGUCCUCCACGGAAAGGAUUGUCCCCAACUUCAAAUUGAGGAGCAGCGAGUUGCAGCUCCAAACCUUCUUCCGGAUGGUGCCCAAUGAGAAAUAUCAAUAUGCAGGGAUUGUCAAGCUACUUCUUCAUUUCCAAUGGACGUGGGUCGGACUUGUUGCAUCAGAUGAUGAAAAUGGAGAAAAGUUCAUGCAAAUCUUGGUGCCCAUGCUUUCCCAGCAUGGAGUUUGCACAGCCUUCAAGGAAAAAGUACAAUCCUUAUCUCAAGGGAUGGAUCAUUUCAAUUCAUGGGAACUCAUUCGGGCUAAGUUCUCUUCCCUGAUGGUCUCAGAAGUCAACAUAUUGGUUCUAUGUGCAGAACCUCAGACCAUUACAGUUGUGAAGUGGCUGCAAUAUUUCUAUUCAUUGGAUGAAGAUAUUGCAGAGAAUUAUGCAGGAGUGGUGAAGAAGGAGCUUCCCUCUUUCCUGAGGAGCAUCUCCUUCAACAACAGUGCUGGGGACUUUGUGUCUUUUGAUGAGAAUGGGGAAUUGGCAGCUGGAUUUGACGUUAUUAACUGGGUUACUUUCCCCAACCAAACCUUCUUGCGAAUGAAAGUAGGAAAAAUAGAACCACAGGAAUCCCACUAUGUGGACUUCAGCAUGGAUGAAGAAGCCAUCACAUGGCACAAAGCAUUCAAUCAAGUGCUGCCCCUUGGUUUGUGCAAUGAUCGGUGCCAGCCAGGCUACAGCCGGAAAAAGAAGGAGGGGUGGCCAUUUUGUUGCUAUGACUGUGCUUCAUGUCCAGAUGGGAUGAUUUCAAAUCAAACGGAUAUGGAUAAUUGUUUCAAAUGCCAAGAAGGUCGAUUUCCAAACCACAACAGAGAUCAAUGCAUUCCCAAGAGACAAAAUUUUCUUUCCUACGCAGAUCCUUUGGGAUUCACAUUAGCGGCCUUAGCUCUGCUGUUCGCUCUGAUCACAGCCUUGGUCCUUGGCGUCUUCUCUAAGAACAGGGACACUCCCAUUGUCAAAGCCAACAACCGGGACCUCACCUACACUCUGCUCCUUGCCCUCUUGCUCUGCUUCCUCUGCUCCUUGCUCUUCAUUGGCCAGCCUCACCCAGUGAGCUGCUCUUUACGACAAACGGCCUUUGGCAUCAUCUUCUCCAUUGCGGUGUCUUGUGUCUUGGCCAAAACCUUCACGGUGGUUCUGGCCUUCAUGGCCACCAAACCAGGAUCCAGGAUGAGGAAAUGGGUGGGGAAAUCUCUGGCCAACUCUGUUCUUCUGGGUUGCUGCUCACUUCAAGCCAGUAUUUGUGCUGUUUGGCUCUGUACGGCUCCUCCCUUUCCAGAUGUGGACAUGAACUCUCUGGCGGAGGAAAUCAUUGUGGAAUGCAAUGAAGGCUCUGCCCCCAUGUUUUAUUGUGUCCUGGGGUACCUGGGAUUCCUGGCCAGUGUCAGCUUCACCAUGGCUUUCCUGGCCAGGAAGUUGCCAGAAAGUUUCAAUGAAGCCAAGUUCAUCACUUUCAGCAUGUUGGUGUUCUGCAGUGUUUGGCUGUCCUUUGUUCCCUCUUAUCUGAGCACCAAAGGAAAGCAGAUGGUGGCUGUGGAGAUCUUCUGCAUCUUGGCCUCCAGUGCAGGCCUGCUCGCUUGCAUCUUCUUCCCCAAAUUGUACAUAAUUCUUCUGAGGUCCGACUUGAACAGCAAAGACCACUUGAUUCUGAGGAGCAAAUAA